AUACUCAGGGCAUCAAGCACAGCUAGCUAAUUUGUUUACGCAGCUGAGGUUGAUAGGCAGCUUUGUUGGUGUUUGUCAGGCCUACUACCUGAUUUAGCCUCACCAGUGACCACACGAGACGUUAGUGGAGAGUAAAGUCAGUGGGUCAGGAAUGCAUUGAAGCGACAAUGGAGUCCACAGAUCAUGCCACUGAAGGCGACCCUCUGAAGAGGGGAGAGGAUGGGGCGGAGACGGGAACAGCACCAUCAGCAACAGAGCUGAAUAAGAAAAGUUGUAAGGAAGUCCUGGGUUUUGCCAAACUGACCCACUGGCGAACUGCAGUCUUCUUCCUCUCCUUGUUCAUCUGCCUCACCAUAGUGUUUGCCUUCUCCUUCGUCAUCCCCUGUCCCGUCAGACCGCAGUAUCUAAUUUCCUGGAACAGGACUUUCUCUGAAGCAGCAACCUAUGACUUCUUAGCUAUUGAAGCUGCAAGCAGCGACAAGGUGAUGGAUGUGCUGUACGUCCUCAAAAUGAGGGAAGGCAGUCAGAACAACACAUGUGCUGAUGCAGGUCUGCCUUCCCCAUGUGUGUUUGUGUUAGCAGUGGAUGGGACAGAUGGAGAGACCCUGUGGGAGCGUCCACUGCAUCCUGAAUUCCACUGGGCCCAGUGCGGUCUGCAGAAAGAAACAGGCAGACCUUGGGACUGUCUGCUGUCCCAUUCAGACCAAUUCACAGCUAUUGACAAACACUCUGGUGAAAUUAAGUGGCAGCAUCGUCAGCCCCCUGAUCUGCACAGCACUGUGCCUGUUCUUAGUGUCCCAGAUCUGGAUGGGGACAAGGUCAAUGAUGUGGCUCUGGUGGCGUCUGACAACACACAGACUCAGCUAGUUUUCCUCUCAGGGAAGACGGGCGUCCAGAUCGGUUCUACAGUAGCUCUUGACUCCAAAGAGACACCCAAACAUCUUCUCCAUCGCACAACAGAAGGUUCUCACUAUGUACUGCUCCAGAAAGACACGGGUUUGUAUGGACUGGCACUGUGGAGGAUUGCUGCCCAGGCUAAAGCAGGGAUGGAGGUCAGUCUCAAGAAGGAUAAACACUGGGAGAAAAAUGCUAGUGCCACAUCUGGCCUCGUACCUAUCUAUGAGUCUGACUCAGUGAGACAAGUGCUCAGAACAGACGAAACACAGGAUCCAUCCAACCUGCUGCUUGUGACCGGGAAGGAAGUGGCAUUAGUCGAUGGAAAAAAUCUGCAUUUACUGUGGAGAUUCAAUACCAGUUCAGUCCUCGGUGAACCCUCCUUUGGUCACUUCAACAAAGAUGGUUUACUUGAUGUUGUAGUGGAGGAGGAUAUUGGCAACUACACAAAGAGGAUAAUAAUUCUUGAUGGGAAGUCUGGUUGUGUGCUGUGGGAAGUCAACCUGUUGGCCAGCCCUAAUUCACCAAGACCUGCCUCAAUACACACCACCAACUCUGUUUCAAUCUUUGUGUUUUGGGGCAUAAUGCCAACAGAGACCAACUCUUCUGAACCUUUAACUGGUGACCGACGUUCUUACAUGCUGCAUCCACUCUAUUCUAAAGUUCUUCUGGAGUCCACCAAUGUCAUGGACCACAUCAUUACAUUUAAAGCCACGCUGUUGGAGCGUGGGCGCCAUGCUGCCUACUUCCUGCUGACAGGGCCUAAGACAAAGGGGGAUGAAGGCACUGUGGUCCUCAGCAAGAGAAAGCUGAAGCAGGACGUCCCUUACAGCAAAGUACUCCGUAUCGGCACCGGAGGAGGCUCAGAGACCAAUGAGGACAUCAAAGAGGCCUUCAACCGACUCCGCUUCAGCGACUGGUGAAAGGACCAACUGUAACAUGUAGUGCUGAAACCAGUUUGGCACAGCUGACUGUACGCUGGCUUAACUUGGCUUUGUAAACCAAAGUGUGUACACUAGUUAUGACUUAUCAACUGCUGACAGCCAAAAAAAUCCCUUUUUUUAUUUAGAAACAUGGGCUGACUUGAUUUGAUAGGGUUCUUCCAUUGCUCUCCAUUGGACAAACUGGGCAUUGUCUGUCUUCAGACUUGACUGUAUACAUACAAUCAUUUAUUUAAGUUAAUCUUGUGUCCAAAGAGCUACUUGUUCUGCGACAAUCACUGUGCACAGAUGCUGUUCUCCUGCUGAUGAAUCCAGAGGACCUGCCUUGUUGUAUUGUUUCUAGCACUUUCAUGAAUCAAUACAAUACUCUUUUUUUUUUUUAACUGCAGAGGCUGGAUUAUUAUUUGUAUCUAUGCAACUGUAUGUCGCACUGUGCUUUAAAGGUAGCAGCAGACCCACACUAUCACAGGUGGUACUUCCUGUGUAUUUCAAAUGACAAUGUCCUUAAAGAUCACACAAUGAUAGGGCUACUUUUCUUUCAUUAAAUAUUCUGUCCAGUAAAAUAGGCAGAUGUACGGUGAAACUUGAAAUACAACAGAAACACCACCAACCUUAAAAUACGCACUAUGUGGUUACAUUUUUUGUUAUGUAUUCUGUUCAUGAAAUUAUUGGUACUGCUGUUGAUAAUCAAAAUGUGUGUGUCCCUUACUUAAUCCAAGAUGCUGUAACUGGUGAUGCUAAUGCAUUCUGACUAAACCUUUUGAGAAAGUUGUUGCUGAUUCUCAAAGGAUCACCAUAAUACUGGGUUAUUGCUGUGGGUUUACAGCUCCUUAUGAAGCAGUUUCUUUUCAUACUGAUAUAUAUUACUUAAAUAAGUGAAAAUGAGUUUCUUGUUUUUGCUAUACAUUAAUAUAUUGAACCUGUGGUACAGGUCUUUGUUGGAGCUGGCUUUUCUUUCUGACCUGAUAUGUUUGAAUUUGAGCAAUAUUAAACAAUUUUAAAAUAA